AUGUCUAAAAACUUAGGCAUAGAUCGGAGCAGUACAGGCUCUAUCAGAGUCUCAGAGCGCUCAAGAUGGCCGCCUUUAACCCGUAUGCUUAUGUCGGGAGAAAUGAGCGGAGAAAAGACGAAAGAACUAGGAAAUCGUGAACGAUUUGACCGAUGGAUGGUAAAUGAAGGAUAUCGAAGAUUUUUUGUUUUUGUUUUUGCAGGAAUCCACGCUAUGGUGUUCACCUUUGGUUUCAUGAAUUAUCAAAUUAAAGAUAACUUGACGUUAGCAAGAUCAACAUUCGGUAUAACUUAUCCGAUAGCAAGAGCUUCCGCGUUGACUCUGCAUUUUGACGUUGCUAUGAUUCUCUUACCUGUCUGUCGAACUUUAAUUUCACUGGCACGUCAGACUCCGCUCAACGGUAUCAUACAAUUCGACAAGAAUAUUACCUUUCAUAUGACUACAGCCUGGUCGAUAGUUUUUUUCUCAUGGCUACACACUUUGGCCCAUUGGGUUAACUUCGCUCAAAUCUCAAUUAAGAAUGACUUAGGAUUUGCCGGCUGGCUUUUGGCUAAUUUCGUCACUGGUCCUGGAUGGACUGGAUAUAUAAUGCUAACGGCCCUCAUGAUGAUGGCUAUCACCUCAGUUGAAAAAAUGCGUCGUGCUAACUUUGAGCGGUUUUGGUACACUCAUCACUUUUUUAUCGUCUUCUUUUUCUUCUGGUCGAUUCAUGGCGCUUUUUGCAUGAUUCAGCCAGACUUUGCACCGUAUUGUACGAAUAUUGGAGCUUCGGCAAUAGGCGUCUUCUGGCAAUAUUGGACAUAUGGCGGGUACAUCUAUUUAGCUGAAAGAAUUGCUCGAGAGAUGCGGGGCAAGGAUCGAACUGUGAUCUCAAAGGUAGUCCAUCAUCCCAGCAAUGUGUGUGAGAUCCAAAUAAAAAAAGAGAAUACAAAGACAAGAGCCGGACAAUACAUAUUUUUUUGCUGCCCAGCAGUGUCCGUCUGGCAGUACCACCCUUUUACACUUACUUCAGCCCCUGAAGAAGACUACAUAUCGAUCCACAUCAGAAUGGUAGGAGACUUCACUCGAUCAGUUGGAAGAGUGCUAGGGUGUGAACUGGAACCCCCAAAAGGAGAGAAGAAAAAUGCUUCACAGGUAGUCUCUGACGGUGUCGACCCAGCUAUAAAGAGAGUCCUUCCGCGAGUCUAUAUCGAUGGACCAUUUGGCUCAGCUUCAGAAGAUGUUUUCAAGUACGAGAUUGCUGUACUAGUUGGGGCAGGUAUUGGAGUCACGCCAUUUGCUUCAAUUUUGAAGUCGAUUUGGUAUCGCAUGAAUUAUCCUCAAAAAAAGACUCGCCUCCGCAAAGUUUAUUUCUUCUGGGUCUGUCGUGACUUUGGAUCUUUCGAAUGGUUUCGUUCUCUUCUAUUGGCAAUUGAAGCCCAAGAUACGGACAACCGAAUUGAAAUACACACCUAUCUUACUGCCAGAAUUAAAGCCGACGACGCUACCAAUAUUAUGAUAAAUGAUGCAAACGCCGAUCGUGAUGCUAUAACUGGUCUACGCGCACCUACCAACUUUGGUCGACCUAACUGGGAUAUGGUCUUCAAGAGUAUUGUCAAAAUUCAUAGCCCAGCUGAAGCUGGUGUGUUCUUUUGUGGGCCCAAAGUAUUGGGUAGUGUCCUACAUAUUAAGUGCAACAUGUACACCGAACCUGGGUUUGCUUUCAACUGGGGCAAAGAAAAUUUCUAG